AUGUGGGAAUUCCUCAAAUCCCCCUCCCGCCGCCGCCGCGAAGCCCGUCAACGCGCCGACGAAGAAUUCCACAAAGAACAAGCCCGCCUGAAAGCACUACGCGAGCAGAGCCCGCAACAGCAAGCAGCUGCAACGCUGAAAAUCACGCCCGCUACGCCUACCACCCCGGCAUAUAAACCAUACUAUCCCCCGUCGAGCACGACUUCUGCAUCGCGGUCGCGCGGCUCGGGAUAUUCGAGCGGAGGGGGCUCUUAUGGGGGGAGGGUCGGGUUUCUCUGGAGAUUCGGGGUGUUCUUCGGGGGGUGA